AAUAACCUAUAUGCAGAAAACAAUGAAAGAAUUACAAAUGUUUGUUUUCACGCCGUAAAAUAAUUCGUGUAACUUUGUCAUCAUACCAAUAUAGCAUGGCGCAUGUAGAUGUUCUUCCUAUCCUUGCAACAAGAAGCUCACAAGGUGUAACACUAAUUCAAGGGAAAAAUGGGUUUACUGAAAAUGUUGUUUGCAUGGAAGAUUUGACAUCUCAUGCAAGAAAUCUAGUGUUUAGUUCCGAUGGUAAAUACCAGGCAUAUUGUGAUGGAGUAAAUUUAAAAGUGAUUAGCAUGGAUAAUGGAGAAAUCGUAUUUAGUGUUCCAAAGCAAAAAACUACAGAAAUUGUUUUUUCACCUAAUAAUACAUACAUUGCUUGUUGGGAGCCAUUUUAUACUUCACCAAAAAAUCCUGAUGGAAGUCCCAACUAUGAAAUAUACAAUAUUAAGACUGGUGCAUUGAUGCGAAGUGUUAUUUAUAAAAAUCAAUCAGGGUGGGCACCAUCUUGGACUUCUGAUGAAAAGCUUAAUGGCCGUUGUGUAAACAAUGAAGUACAGUUUUUUAGUGGAGAUGAUUUUUAUACUUCUGCAACAAAGCUAUAUUUGCCAAAUGUUUUUGGGUUUACAUUUUCACCUUCACCAUCACUUCCAUAUAUGGUAGCAGCUCAUGCAGUGGGGAAAAAGGGUUCACCAUCUUUUGUCAGACUUUUUGAGUAUCCUAAAUUAGGAGACAAUCAAGCAGUAGCAAAUAAAAGUUUUUUCAAAGCUGACAAAGUUGAAAUGAUUUGGAAUAAAAAAGGUAGUGCUCUACUAAUUAUGGUCAGCGCUGAGGUUGAUACAACAGGUUCAUCGUACUAUGGAGAAACCUCUCUACACUUUAUGUCAACAAAAGGAGAGAGCAGCUUGGUCCCAUUUGACAAACGCGGUCCUGUUUACUCUGUUGAUUGGAAUCCUAACUCUACAAUGUUUUGUGUAGUGUUUGGGUUUAUGCCUGCAAAAGCAACUUUGUUCAACACAAAAUGUGAACCUAUUUUUGACUUUGGAACUGGACCUCGUAAUAUUUGUAAAUUUAAUUUACAUGGAAAUAUAUUGUGUUUGGCUGGAUUUGGAAAUUUAAAUGGUGCUAUGGAAAUGUGGAAUGUUGAUGGAAGAAAAAUUAUAUCAAAACCCCAGGCUCGUGAUACAACAUAUUUUGAAUGGUGUCCUGAUGGUCAACAUUUCAUCACUUCCACUUUGUCACCACGUCUUAGAGUAUCCAAUGGUUACAAGAUAUGGCAUUUUAGUGGUAAAAUGAUACACUCUGUUGAUUCAAAGGAAUUGUAUCAGACUACUUGGCAACCAUAUCCAGAUGGAUCUUUUCCAGUACCUAAACUAAGUGGCAUAGUUGUUCAGGCUGAAGUUAAAAAAGAAGUUUAUAGGCCUCCUUCAGCAAGAGAUACUCCUGUGAAGAAACUUUUAUUACAUGAUGAAGAACCCCCAGAGAAUCAACGUAAUAGUGAAAACUUAUCAGCUGCAGCUAUUAAAAACAAAAAGAAAAGAGAAAAUAAAUCAAAAUCCAAACAAGAGGGUGUAUCUAAUGGAAGCAAUAAAUUACCAGAAGACGCAACUAACAAUUCAAGUGUUUCAACAGGUGAUCCAGAAAUAGAUAAAAAGAUCAAAGGAAUUAAAAAGAAAUUAAAGCAAAUAGAAGAUUUAAAAAAAAAUCAAAAAGAUGGCAAAGUUCUUGAAAAAAAUCAGCUGGAUAAAUUAUCAAGCGAAAAAAAUCUGCUCGAUGAACUUCGAUCCUUGCAACUUAAAUGAAAAGUCCGUUUUUUUAUAUAAAAUUAACACUAUUUUUUAUGUAUUAUUUAAUAAAGAUUUGUAUUAAAACAAACAUAUUUUAAAUAAAUUACAUUUUACAAACAAAA